AUGUGGAAGGGGUUUUGGAGCCCCUACCGCUCUCCCUUUUCCGGGCAUGACGGCGCUGCCGAAGUCUACCAAGCUCGUAUUGAUGGCGUCUUCCGACCAAAGCGCAACCUACCGGGAAACAUCAUCGUCGUCGAGGUCAAGCCGCCUAGCCGGCACAUGAGCGAGAUGAAUGUCAACAUGCAGGAGUCUGCGCCGAUGGCAGCCUGGAUCGCCGAAUAUCCGCAGCUUGACAAGCAGAUCCCUCCCAAGAGAGCCGCUCUGGGAAAGCGCAAGGGCACGGCGAGCGGGCCUGGGCCACUCCCGGAGCCGGAAGGGAUGAAUCCGGCGGGAGGGAAGAAGGUGGCGGAAAGGAAGAUGCCGACGGCAAAGAAGGAGCCGAGACGCCAAUAUCGCCGUGUUCUUAUUUCGCAGAACCGACGGGAAGUUUUCAUCACAAUCGGCAGUUAUGACGAGGCAUACAUCGACUAUAUCAAAAAUGUCAACCAGACCGAAGACACGUUCCUUACAAUGCAGCGGUAUGGGACGGAUCCUCGAUUAACAGACCGGCUUGUCUGGCUUGUCUAG